AGGCAAUCCUGUAAAAGACGGAAAUGAUGAAAGAGCUCACCAAAGGUCGAGUUAGAAUAGGUUCCGGUGUAGCAGGGUCAGGCAGACGGGGCUGCAGCUGGAAAACACUUCCAGAAUGUUGUUACGGAGGGUGUUGAACAUCGGGGGUCUGACUGUGAAGGUCAGCAGGUCUUUCCACCACAGUCCGGUGUGGAGGAGUCCUCUCAUCCCUAUAGUGGUGGAGCAGACGGGCAGAGGAGAACGGGCGUACGACAUCUACUCUCGCCUCCUGAGAGAACGAAUCAUUUGUGUGAUGGGUCCUAUUGAUGACAACAUAGCCAGCCUGGUCAUCGCCCAGCUGCUCUUCCUCCAGUCAGAAAGCAACAACAAGCCCAUCCACAUGUACAUCAACAGUCCAGGCGGGGUGGUGACAGCAGGGCUGGCCAUUUAUGACACUAUGCAGUAUAUCCUUAAUCCCAUCUCCACCUGGUGCGUUGGCCAGGCAGCCAGCAUGGGCAGCCUGCUCCUGGCUGCAGGUACGACUGGCAUGAGGCAUUCGCUGCCCAACGCCCGCAUCAUGGUGCACCAGCCUUCAGGUGGGGCCAGGGGCCAGGCCACAGACAUCGCCAUCCAGGCUGAGGAAAUCCUGAAGCUGAAGAGACAGAUCAACCACAUCUACGCAAAGCACACAGGCCAGCUGCUGGACACCAUAGAGAGUGUGAUGGAGAGGGACCGCUACAUGAGCCCCAUGGAGGCUCAGGACUUUGGGCUGAUUGACCGGGUUCUGGUGCAUCCCCCGCAGGCAGGCCAGGAUGAGCCAGAGCUGGUGCAGAAGGAACCAGCAGCAGCAGCAGCCAGUCCCUCCCCACAGCCAGAGUCUGCUUCCCCAGAUCAGGUCCUGCCUGGUACCAGCUCCCCCUCUUCAUACAAACCAGAACCCUGAACUCUGAGAGCAAAACCCAGCUUCCCUCUCUGUCUUUACUAGGUCUCUGUUCUCCACCAUGGACGCUCUGCUGAGUAGCUCAGGUUCAUAUUUUAAAAGAAGCAGAACUUCAUUCCUGCAGUGAAUGAAAUAAAUUCCACAUAAUCCAGACUGACUGUAGGCAUCAGCAGUCACCUUUCACCCUGCUUACAGUCUCUUCAUCAAGUCUGGUACAAAUCAAGUGUUUCGUUAAUGGAUGUAAAAAAGAAACAAAAAAAAACAAACCAGUGAGCUUCCUGAAGUGUGCAAGAGUUUCACAAAGAUGGCUGCCAGAAAUCCCUUCAGGAGUGGAAACCUUUGUUAUUCAGAUUUCUAAUAAAGACUAUUAGUUUGACCACAAAGUG